AUGACGGGCGUCUCGUUUCUCUUCGGGCCGCCCAUCGGCGCAGGCCUCGCCAACUUGGGCGGCGUCACCGCCCCGUUCCUCGUUGGCAGCGCCACCUCCGUCUGUGCGGCCGCCGUCGCCUUCUUCAACCUUCUGUCGCCCUCGCGGCUCAAGGAGGUCGAGAAGCUGGCUGAGACCUCCCGGGCGGCAGGUCUCCGGCUGCGCAUGUCCUCGUUGCUGCUUGGUGGGGAGGCUCGGAAGGGCGCCAAGGGCGGCGGCGCCCUCACGAAGCUCCUCGAGCACAACGAGGAGGCGGCCGAGCGGCCGUCGGGGACCGUGGUGGACAAGCGGACGGGGUGGGGCGGCUGGCGGCAGAGCGACGCCAAGGAGGCCGAGUGGCGCGCGAUCUGGCUCAUCUCCGCCACGGAGCGGCUCAGCGCGAGACUGUGGCUAGAUGUCGGAUACAUCGGCCACAUUUGGGCUGGAUCUCGGCCAUAA